AUGAAUAUUCCUACAGAAAUUGAUCCAGAAACAUUACCAGAUCAUGAACCUGAUAGAUUUAAUAAUUUUUUUGAAAUUUUAAUAGAUGGAAAACCUGCUUUUAAAUUAUUAGAUGGAUCUACGUUUUUUUUAGAUUCUAACAAUGGGUAUAUAAAUUUCAUUCUAUCAUAAGUUGGAUUGAUGAAAAGAAUUGUUAUUAUGAUAGUUAAGGUAAACCUGCUGGAUGGUAUAAAACAUUUGAUGAUCAAACUUACUUUUACAAUAGUGAAGGAUUUUUUAUUCCUUAUGAUAAAGAUCCAUCUACUCUACCAAAACAUAAUGAAUAAGUUAAUAUAAAUAAAUUGGAUACAGAUUAAAAUUUUCUUGAUACAAAUGGAUGUUAUUAUGAUAAAUUUGGAGAGGCUUUGGGAUGGAAAUUAAAAUGCGAAGAUGGUUAAGUAUAUUUCAAUUUUAAGUUUUAGAUCUAUUUUUUCGAUUUAAAAGGUGAGUAUGUAGAUUUGAAUACUAGAGAAGUUUAAAAUGAUCUAAAUGAAUUUGAUUUUGGUGAUUUUAAAUAAAAUUUUAAAUAGAAAACAUAAUUUGUUAAAUAAUAAUAAAAAACAUAUCCAAAAGUAGAACCUAGAAGAAUAAAAGAUUAACCAUAAAAGUAAAAUCGAUAAUAAGUAAAAAAUUAAUAGAUAUCUAAACCAUAAUAAUAAUAAUAAUCUCAAAAUAGAUAAAAUAAUCAAAAAGCAAUUUAUCAUUAUGAACUUCCAGAUUUAGAUGAAACAAAGAAAUUAUUUAUUGCUUUAGUAAAAUAAAAAUUACAAAGCAAGGCUGAAUUUCUAUUAAAUGAUUAAUUACUGACUGUAAAAUGCGAUGAACCUAAUAAAGGUUUGGAAUAAGAUUUUAAUUUAGAGAAUGGAAAGUGUGUUACAUAUAAAAAUGAUAUUAAUCCAAAAAGUAUAAAGAAAUGA